AGGUUCGGUUGGAAAGCGGAGUAAUUAGUACGGUUCUGUUGAAAAGCACCGGCUAAAUUCAAAAUGUUCGGAUCACUAAAGUUUGUUCUUUUAUUAGGCAUAAUUUAUUUAUGUAAAGCGGCCGAGGAGGAUGUUCUCGAUCUUACAGAUUCCGACUUUUCGGCUGUUUUAUCUCAACAUGAUACAGCCCUGGUCAUGUUUUACGCGCCUUGGUGCGGUCAUUGUAAGAGACUAAAGCCAGAGUAUGCGGUAGCCGCCGGCCUGUUAAAGACCGAUGUCCCUCCGGUGGCGCUAGCUAAAGUAGACUGUACGGAAGGUGGCAAGAGUACUUGUGAACAAUUCUCUGUGUCCGGAUAUCCUACACUGAAAAUAUUCAGAAAAGGAGAGCUUUCUUCCGAGUACAAUGGACCAAGGGAGUCUAAUGGCAUUGUCAAGUACAUGCGUGCCCAAGUUGGACCCAGCUCCAAGGAGCUCCUUACAGUAGCUGAUUUUGAAGCUUUUACUUCUAAGGAUGAAGUAGUGGUUGUCGGAUUCUUCGAAAAGGAAUCUGACCUGAAAGGAGAGUUCCUGAAAACAGCUGACAAAUUAAGGGAGGAGGUUACUUUUGCUCAUUCAUCAGCCAAUGAAGUUCUUGAAAAAACCGGAUACAAAAACAAUGUGGUCUUGUAUCGUCCCAAGCGACUCCAGAACAAGUUUGAAGACUCAUCUGUUGCCUUCGACGGAGACACCGAGAAAGUGUCACUCAAAGCUUUCAUCAAGGAGAACUAUCACGGUCUGGUCGGCGUUCGCCAAAAGGACAACAUCCAUGAUUUCAGCAACCCCCUUAUUGUCGCUUACUAUGAUGUUGAUUAUACCAAGAACCCGAAGGGCACUAACUACUGGAGGAACCGUGUCCUCAAGGUAGCCAAGGAGCAAACCGAGGCGACGUUCGCAGUCAGCGACAAGGACGACUUCACGCACGAGCUCAACGAGUUCGGCAUCGACUUCGCUAAAGGCGACAAGCCCGUAGUGGCCGGCCGCGACGCAGACGGAAACAAAUUCGUCAUGAGCGCGGAGUUCAGCAUCGAAAAUCUACUAACGUUCACAAAGGACCUGCUCGAUGGCAAGCUGGAGCCAUUCGUGAAAUCCGAGGCCAUACCGGAAAACGACGGCCCAGUGAAGGUAGCCGUCGGCAAGAACUUCAAGGAACUGGUCACGGACAGCAACAGGGACGCACUCAUAGAAUUCUAUGCGCCAUGGUGCGGACACUGUCAGAAGCUUGCUCCCGUCUGGGAAGAGCUUGGUGAAAAGUUGAAAGAUGAAGAAGUUGACAUCAUUAAGAUCGAUGCAACUGCAAAUGACUGGCCCAAAUCACAAUUCGACGUUUCCGGCUUCCCCACAAUCUUCUGGAAGCCUAAGGACAGCUCCAAGAAACCUCAGAGAUAUAAUGGAGGACGUGCUCUAGAGGACUUCAUCAAGUAUGUUUCUGAACAAGCCACAAGCGAACUUAAGGGCUGGGACAGAAAGGGUAACGCCAAACAAGGAAAGGAAGAGUUGUAGGCGUGCUGUUGUGAUUCAAAACUUUCCAUGAAAGAUCUGCGUGUGUAUUUGUGUGAAGGAUGAAUGUAAUGUGAAAAACAAUGAAAUAUGACUUCUGAGUUUAUGUGUGUUAUAUCUGUCCAAGGGAAAGCAGAUAUGAAAAGCAUUCUUUGGGUACAGAGACAUUGUCGUUCCUCUUGCAAUAGUAAUGUUGCAUUCAUUAACCAUCAUAUUUACUGAUAACAGGUCUAGGAUAACUUUACUAGAUUUACAAAAUAACACAGAUGCAUAAACACAGUUUCAUCUCUCAUUGCUUUCAGUGUACGGGGCACAAAUGUAUGAUAGCAUUUUAGACCUUUUGGUAAGGAAAUAAUAAACAUUUUUAUAAAAAUCGCUAGUGUUGUCAUAUGUUGUGUACUGAUAAACCUCGACUUGUGGGUGAUAAAUUAGUUACAUAAGUUGAGAUGUCCAUUUAUAAUUAAAAUUGUUCUAAAUACAGUAAGUUUGAUUGCAUUUUCUUACAUUAUGUCAGUGAAUAAUAAUAAACUAGGUUGUAUUUAUAAAA